AUGGCGGCUGUAGGCUUCCUGCUUGCAGCCCUCCUACCGUGCGCACAUGCCGAAGGAAAGACAUGUCUUGCACCUGAGCACGAGGAGUUGCCCUUCGUGCAGAUUCCUAGCCUUCGCAAGUUCAAUCGCAGCACCAUCGGCGUUCUCAGUACCUCCGGCGUUUGCUCUUCACCAGGCGAUGUGGCUGCAGAAAAGCGUCUCGAACAGUCCUUGUUUGAGCAGCCGUCACGCUACGGCAUUCAGUCCGAUUUGGAGGAUGCCUUUGAAUAUGUGACGGGCGAGGUCCAGACGGAAUAUCAAAAGGUCGAGGAUGACGACAGCGGCACAAUAGACACCGGAGGAAAGACUAGCUGGUUGCAGAGAUUGAUCAAGGUCGGAGAAUGUGUCACCGAGAUCGCUGUUGGCGAGAUUCCUGCCUUGGCAGAGAAGGGGCUCGGAAGGUUCAUCUCCGGUGGAAGCAUGGCUACGGUGCUUGGUUACCUCUGGCCUUCGAGCUCCAGCGGGCAGUACGAUAUUUGGGCACUGCUGCUCAGCAAUGUGGAGGAGCUUGUGAAUGUGUCAAUCCUGAACUAUGAGCUGCAUGAGAGGGAGGGAGACUUCCUGUCUGUGCGCCGCUACCUCACCCGCUACAGCCGGGAGUCCACAACAACAGAGAGGGGGAACGACCUGUCCGUGGCCCUUGCAAAGGUGGAAGACAUCAUGACCCACCUCACCGUCUCUACCAACAAGUACGAGCUGCUGCCCAUGACCAUUGUGACGGCUACCCUGCACUGCGCCAUCCUCCGUGAGCGGGUCAACCACGGCAAGCGGCUCUUCGGUGCUGUGGAUCCCAGCUGGCUCUAUGCAUUGCAGUCGAGCGUGGCGUACUACCAGAGUUUCUUCAACUAUACCUUCCCUCUCUGGCGAGACUGGCGGCGCGGUUUGAUUAAAACAACGGUGCUGGAAGGAAGCCGGCGCCGGCGCCAGUACAGCGACUGCUCCGCAGUCGUCUCGGACCGCCUCAGCAAUACUGGCAACGACAUACAUGUCCUGAACGCACUGAGCGAAAGCAAAAACUGGUGCGACGACAUCGCCAACAUGACGGCGUUGCGGAUCUUGAACGAGGUCUCGGCCUCCAUGGCCAUUGCCCUCCAGCCAAUCAUGUACCUGCAACGCUACAUCCCCGGCAUGGAGGAUGCUGAAGUGCAAGUCCUUCCAGCUGUGGAGUACGUUACCGUUGGCCCCUACGCUGCGGUCACCCAGGACCUCAAAGAUGGUGCUGCUGACAUUGUUGACUGGCAGUGGACCGUCAAUGAGACCGGCACACUGGGACCUGGCAACAUCACCUUGGCAAGUGCAUGGACUGGCAACGUCAUCGACUACUUCAGGCUGUCUUACGAAAGCGGAGGCGAUGAGACCGGCGGAACAUCGCAUGCAGAAACUGGGUACACAGAAAUGGAUUCGGUGUUUCCAGAGAGAUACAUCCACACCAUCCAACUGCAUUUCGAAGAUGUGGUCGACACCUCUGUCAAAAGGGGGGGUGCCGAGAUCGUGAACAUGAAGUUGUUCUUCUCCGAUGGCUACAAUACUGGGACUUCUUAUGGGUGCUUCAACAGAGACGACCUUCCCUAUCCAGAUUGUACGGAAACCCGGACAUGCUGCCCCAUAUUGCCUGGCCCCUACACCGCCACUGUCACAGUCUCACAGGACCCCUCGUACAAGCUGGUUGGUGCAGCGUUGGGAUCUGUCUACAAUUCCGGCCACCACUACUUCGGCUACAUCAAUGCCACUUUCCAGUAUGCGAAGUCGUCUCUAUGGAGCAAGGUGAACAAAACCUUCUCCCACAACAAUCUGACCACAGGCCAGCGCCUGAAAGCAAAUGAGGCACUGUGGAGCUACAAUGGCCUCAACAAGCUUCUCCUAUCACAGCACGGCAACCUUGCCAUUUACGACAUGUACGAUGCCGUCACAUGGCAGACAAGAACCACCUGUGAUGACAAAGAUGGGGCGUUCCUCCUUUUGCAGCCCGAUGGAAAUUUGGUGCUCUACUGCGGGGACACUACGAACGCGCUUUGGGCCUCCAACACAGAUGUGGUGAGCAUGGAGGUCGGAAUAUGCCAGGUGGCGGCAAUAGAAAACACCGGCGCGUUGACCAUCUACCGCAUUCCAGACCUGGCUGGGGUGUGGACCAGUAGUGGUCCAAUUCCCGUGGGUUUUGGGGCAAACAAUCUGACAAGUCCGCGGAGCCUCAGACCAGGGCAACGCUUGGUCCAGAGAACUUUCUACCAGUUCGACCUGUCAUUCUCGGACGGGGCGGUGGAGUUGAAGGACUGGUCCCAUGGUCGCAUGCUUUGGGCCACGAGUGCCUCGUGCACGGCUUCCCAAGACCCCGAGCUAAAGAUGCAGAGCGACGGGAAUCUUGUCCUCUAUUGCUCAGGGGUAGCAACCUGGGACACGGGGACAGCAGACGCAUCCUUAGAGACGCAAGCUGGCGUAAACACCCUCCUGCUGCUGGAAAACGGCAACCUCGCGAUCGUCAACAAGCAGCAACAACUCACCUGGUCCUCCAACAGCAAGAUCGCUUAUGAUUACUUCGCUGAUGAUUAUGGCAUCUACGAUCACCAGGAUUCAGACUAA